CAGUACUAAUCUGCUCCGUUGUAUGUCGCCCUUACACUGUGAAGAUCACAUGUGUCAUCAGCUCAGAGCAGAGCUUGGGUCUUGCUUUUCUACAAAAUAUCUGAUAAAAAGAGCCAAAUCCUUCUAUAUCUUAGCUGUGAAUCCAUGAAAACAGAGACAAGGCAUUCAUAAACAGAGGUGAGAUGGACAGGUGUGUGCUCGUGUCAGCUGACAACAGCCACGCCCCCAUCCCCCUGUCACAUGACCAGCCUGUGGUCCUGGGGAGGGGACCAGAAACCAGAAUAGCUGAUAAGAAAUGCUCCAGAAAACAGGUUGAGCUGACAGCAAACCAUGACAAGAAAACCGUGACACUGAAACAGUUGGGUGCCAAUCCCUGCAGUGUUGGAGGAAAACAGCUCAACCCAGGUGAAACCGCCACCCUGAGGCAUGGCCAGGACUUCUGUAUGCUGUUUGACAAGUUUCCUCAUCGUGUAGAAUUUUCUUCAAACACUGACACCAACAAACCACAACAUAAAGUGGCAAAGGCUGCCAAAGAACAGGGCACAGUGAAAGAUAGUGCUUCAUCAGGAAAAAACAUCCUGGACUUUUUCCAAAGGAAACAGGCAGUCAAGAGACCAGCUAGUCCUGAGGGAAAUCCUUUACCCAAAAAGAAACCAAAGCCUGCGAAGAGACUAGCUGACAUGUCAGACAGUGAGGCAUCAGGGGAUGAUAAAGACAGUGGGCAGGGGAAGGAUCAGGGGAAACCACAAGCCAAGGACAAGUUAACAGACAUGUCAGACAGUGAGGAAUCCGACUCAGAACAUAGGAGGGAUAUCCAGGACAGACUGAAACGUUUAGGACAGAUGUACGAGGCACAGUCUCCACCAAAGGGAGCGGCAAAACCUGACAACAACACGGCAGGGAAGGUUAGACCCGGGGGUUCAGCUAUACAGUCGGGUAGACCGACCACUGAUGCAUGCUGGGAAGAGUUUGGUGAGCUGCUAGUCUACACCAGUAAGGGGGUACAGGGGUGUAGUAAGGUUGCCAGCUUUGACAUUGACGGAACGAUUAUUGUCACCAAAUCUGGGAGGGUGUUUGCACAAGACACCUUCGACUGGAAAAUUGCAUUCUCAGAAGUUCCUGGAAGGCUGAAGAAGUUGAUUUCCGAAGGAUACAAGGUUGUCUUCUUCACCAAUCAGAUGGGCAUCCAGAGGGGCAAGAUCAAUGAAAAGGACUACAGAAGGAAGUUGGAAGACAUAGUGGCCAAGCUUGGCGUUGCAGUUCAGGUGUAUGUUGCUAGGGGGAGUGGGAAGUACAGGAAGCCUGUAACGGGCAUGUGGGACCAUCUGGUAGAGAGAGGAAACGACGGUGUACCCGUGGACAAAGGUGCCAGCUUUUACGUGGGGGACGCAGCAGGACGACUGGUGAACUGGGCUCCGGGGAGGAAGAAGGACUUUGCCUGCAGCGAUCGUCUGUUUGCACUGAACAUCGGACUCACCUUCCACACUCCAGAGGAGUAUUUCCUGGGGUACAGAAAAGCCACGUUCAAACUACCCGAUUUUGACCCAAGAAAGCUGGAUGCAGACGGACCUCUGUAUUCAACACCUACCGCCAGUCUGGUGUCCUCAUUUCCUGAGGUUAUAGUGAUGGUGGGAUGUCCUGCGUCGGGAAAAACGUUCUUCGUCAAACAGAACCUGGUCUCCAAGGGAUACGUCCACGUGAACAGGGACGUGCUGGGCACGUGGCAGAAGUGCGUGGCGGCGUGCAGCCAGGCGCUGGCCGGCGGGAAGAGAGUGGUGGUUGACAACACCAACCCUGACGUGGAGUCCAGGAAGCGAUAUGUGGACUGUGCACGCCAGGCCAAGGCGCCGUGUCGCUGUUUCGUUAUGGCAGCCUCGCUGGACCUGUGUCGCCAUAACAACAGGUUCCGUGACAUGACCUACACAGGCGCGGGACACGUGAAGGUCGCCGACCCCGUCAUAUUCUCGUAUCGGAAAAAAUAUGUGGAGCCUCAGAUGACAGAGGGGUUUGACCAGAUUGCGAAGGUGAACUUCGUGCCAAAGUUUGAAGACAAGAAGCUUGAGGCCAUGUAUAGACAAUUUUCAGGAUAAGUCUGAACAAGGACGUUGGUCUGAAGAAGCUUAUGAUAUAAAGUAAAAAGCAUUGUUUUCAACAGUUACAUUGCAACCAAAUAUUCCAUCACUAGGUGGUGAAUUUGUUUAUGGCAAAGUUCAUUGCUGUGGCCCUGGUGCAACCAUUAAUCAAAGGAUGGAAACUGAAUGACACAAUAUAAGGAUUUUGUGCCAUAUGCAUGUAUACUGCCUAAAGUUCCCCUUUUGAGGAAAGUGGAAACCUAGAUUAUGGGCAACUAAUUUCAUGCACAUAGUCAAACAGUUAUCAAUACACAUAGUUGCACAUGUAGUUAAGAAAAGCAAAGCUAUUAUAACUCUUUUACAACUUACAGUCUUCUAAAUUCCCAGAGUUUUCCAUGACAGAUACAUAAGUGGAAUUAAACAUAUGUACUAACCAUGUCACCAAUGAUACAAAGUAACAGAAAUUAUACAAAGCACAAGUGUACAUUUCAACCUGUCUAUUGAAUCUAUUUAAAUAAAGGUACUAGGUUGUUUCCUACCUUUAGUCAAUACACAGCCAAAGUAACAUGACUGAUACAGACAUAUAAUAUACAUCUAAAUCAUCAACAUGGCGUACGCGUAGAUGGGAGAUAUGAUUAUCUACUGGUACAAAUAUUUAAAGAAGGUUGUAUGCAACUGUACCAGUUCGUCUCUGAUCACAUUAAAACAAGAUGUGCCAUACAA